AUGAUUAAUUCUCUGAAAUUUUUCUGUACUUGGAUUUUGCCAGUGCAAUUUGGCACUAGGAAUUUGCUAAUGAUCAAGAUGGUGAUGUUGCAUACUUUUUCUAUCCAGGGCCGUGUGUGGGUAGUCCCGUCAGAAUACAGUGAUGCAGAACCAGAUCCGCUUCGAAACUUUGCUGAAAGCGUUGUUGAGGAAAUGAACAGUGAACAUGCUGAAGAUGUUCAUAGGAUAUACAAUAUUUAUGCCGAAUCAGAUUUUCAGGCAUUGGAUGUAAAGAUGAUUUGGGUAGACAGACUUGGUUUUGACUUGCACGUUCAUUCCGAGGAAGGCAUCUUCGCUGUUCGGAUACCUUUCUCAAGGCAGGUCUCUGACCAGAAGGCGGUGAAAUCGUCAUUCAACAUGAUGGCUCAUCAUGCAUGGGAGGUGGACAAGAGUUAUGCCACCCCAGAGUUUGAGAAGAUGACCAUGGUUGUGAUAUUCUAUGCCUAA